AUGUGUUGUGAUGGCGAUGUCAUAUCGAAAAAAGAUUCCCAGGAUGAUGGAUGCUGCGGAAAUACAACGUUUGACGCAAAUAAAGAACUAUGUUGUGACGGUAGACCACAACUUUUUGAUAAAAAGAGCGUAUGGAAAUGCUGUGGAAAGAACUCGUAUGAUAUGGAUAAUUCUGUGUGCUGUGACGACGAGGAAUUGCGACAAUCAAGAAAUAAUGGGGACGAUUGCUGCUGUGGAAAUACAACAAUGAAUACUGCCAAUGAGGUGUGUUGCAUUGAUACGCCGCAGACGAGCUUUGGUCCUAUGACUAAAUGUUGUAUGCGGGAAAGUUAUGAUCCUCUAGAGGAAAUAUGCUGUGACGGAAAUAGCCUUCGUGAAAAGAGGAACUCUUCUGAUAACUGUUGUUGUGGAUCAACGACCAUGAACACUAAAGAUGAAAUAUGUUGUGAGGGUGUGCCUCUGAAGACGAUAACUGCUGUUGUGGAGAGAAAUCGAUCAACACCCGUACAGAAAUUUGUUGUGACGGCGUGGUUGUUCAAAAUGCAGUUGGUGGUGAUAAAGCAAGAUGUUGUGGACGAUGGAAGUCCAGACGAAUUAGUAAACGGCAACAAGACGUCGUGCUGCGUAGGUCACAGUUUUGACACUGUUUCGCAGAUGUGCUGCAAUAAUGAGAUAAGAGAUAAAGCAGACACAGAUGAUGAUUGUUGUUGUGGAGAUACAACCAUGAAAGCGGGCAGUCAUCUAUGUUGCGACGGUAUGCCACAACCGUCAUACGGCCCAACGACACAGUGUUGUCUCAAUCAAACUUUCAACCCACUAACUCAGAUAUGCUGUAAAGGUAAAGUAAUCGAUAAAACAAAACAGUCUGACACAUGGUGUUGUGACGGUAAAUCUUACAAUAUUGAUGAGGAAAUGUGCUGUGAAGGAAAACACAUUGUUAUCAAAGAUGGUGGAGAAUACAGCCGUUGUUGCGAACAGGGGGCUUUUGACUCAAGAAUGGAAAUGUGCUGUGGUAAAACUAUUAUAACUAAAAACAACACAGAAGAUGAUUGUUGUUGCGGUGACAAAACAAUGAAUACAAAGAGUCAGAUAUGUUGCCAAGGUACAGAACCUCAACCCAAAGAAAAUGAUAGAUAUAAAUGUUGCGGACUUGUGAGUUACGAUUCAAAGAUGUUCAUUUGCUGCGAUGGCAAUGUCCGCGAAAAGAACAAUCCGUCAGACGACUGCUGUUGUGGCGAUAACAAUACGUUUAAGACGCAAACUCAAAUAUGUUGCAUGGGUAGUCCCCAGAAAGGCCAGUACAAUACGCAUGACUGUUGUGGUAGCGUGUCAUUUGACUUGGAUAAGGAAAUAUGCUGUAACGAAACUAUUCGAUCCAAGGAUCCCGGUGACAACGCCUGCUGUGGGGGUAUAACCAUGAACACUGUGGAUGAAAUAUGUUGUGAAGGCGUACCACAGCCUUUGUUUGGUGAUGGUAUCACUGACUGUUGUGGUUCUGUCAGUUAUAACAAAGUUACAGGCAUAUGUUGCGACAAUUUUGUCGUUGUUCAAAAAGCCGACGAGGGAGACAACUGCUGUUGCGGAAAUACAACUAUCAAUGUCGACCUUGAAGUUUGUUGUAUGGGAGUACCUCAGCCGAAAUUCGGAGACAAGACAAGUUGUUGUCUGUACCAAAGCUAUGACUUUGACCAAAGUAUUUGCUGUGACGGAGGACAAGUACGCCAGAAAAAGCAUCCGGACGACAACUGCUGCUGUGGUGAAACAACAAUCAACACAAACACAGAAAUAUGUUGUCACUUCAACCCGGCACCGUUGCAAGGUCCAAACACUCAUUGCUGUCACAAUGUGAGCUAUGAUUUUGAUGACAUCAUAUGUUGCAGUAGAGAAAAAAUGAACAAAAAAAGGAAAAAUGAUGACAACUGCUGUUGCGGCGACACUUCUAUGAAUACUGAUGACGAAAUAUGCUGUGACAACACACCACAGGACAAAAAUGGAAACGCAGCUUGUUGUGGAAAAACAAGCUUCGAUCAAGAUAAACAACUUUGUUGCUACGACGGAGUCAGAGACAAGGCUAAUGAUGACGAUAAUAUUUGCUGUGAAAACGGUGUUCGCGACAAGGUUGAUGAAAAUGACAACUGUUGCUGUGGUUCAUCAACAUUAAAUACCGCCUUGCAGAUGUGCUGCAACAACAACCCUCAAGACUUGGUAGCAUCUGAUAACACAAUGUGCUGCGACACUACAAGUUAUGAUCCAUCUUCACAUAUUUGUUGCUUCCGUGAACUGAGGCUUAAAAGCAACUAUUCCGACAACUGGUGCUGCGGUGAGGAAACGUAUGACACAACCACAGAGAUAUGUUGUGACGGUAAAUACCCUCAAGAAGCUGUCGGUGGUUUGUCCAGAGCCCGAUGUUGUGGGGCCGUUUCUUUUGAUUCUCGGGACUAUAUGUGUUGUGAUAGGAGCAUAAUAGAAAAACGUAACAGGAAAGACAAUUGUUGUUGUGGCGAUACAACAAUGAAUACGGAAGAUGAAAUUUGCUGCCAGGGCCUAUAUCCUAAACCGAAGGUUGGAGGUGAUAAUACAAAAUGCUGUGAGAAAGAAAGUUAUGAUGCGUCUUCGCAUAUAUGCUGUAACGAACGUGUCAUUGAGAAGGAUGAUGAAGAUGAUGAUUGUUGCUGUGGAAAUAGAACAAUGAAUCCAACAAAGAAAACAUGUUGUUCUGGUUAUGUUCAAGACUUAUACGUUGACAGUGAAACUUCAUGUUGCGGGCAGGUCAGUUUCGAUACUGUGAAUCAAUUGUGUUGUGAUGGAGUCGUCAGACAAAAGACAGAUACUAAUGACAAUGGUUGUUGUGGUGACACUACAUAUAACAUUGACACAGAAUACUGUUGUAGUGGAAAAGUUGUUGACAGAGUUGGUGGAGAAAUGUGUGAUUGUUGUGACGGAAAACCUUAUGAUAUAUCCUCGCAUAUCUGUUGUGAUAAAGAUAUUGUUAUAAAGGCUGCUGCUGAUGAUGAUUGUUGUUGUGGCUCAACGACAAUAAACACCGUUUCUCAGGUCUGCUGCAAUGGUAUGCCAGCAGACAAAGUCGCUGGACCACAAACCAUGUGCUGUGGAAUGCAAAGCUUUGACCCAAGUGAAAUGGUGUGUUGUGAAGAUUACGAACUUCGAAAGCUUGGAAAUCCAGGCGACAAUUGGUGUUGUGGUGACUCACAGACAUUUAAUACAAGAGAUGAUAUUUGCUGCGAAGGUGUUCCCCAUGUACGAGCGUCAAACGGGCUUACGAAAUGUUGUGGAAAUGACAGCUAUAUAUUUGAAAACUUCCUCUGCUGUGAUAUGAAUACACUUAUUGCAAAGGAAGAAAAAGACGAUGAUUGCUGUUGUGGAUCGACAACUCUUAACACAGCGUCACAAAUAUGUUGCGAAAAUAACCCACAAACAUUGUAUGGACCUAGAACAACGUGUUGUAGAGAUCAAAGUUUUGACAUGGAUACUCAUGUGUGCUGCAACGGAGACAUACGAAUAAAAUCUAAUCCUGAAGAUGAUUUCUGCUGUGGCAACAAAACAUUUAACACAGGAACACAAAUCUGCUGCAUAGACAUGCCUCAAGGAAGAAAAGGACCAAAUACUAUGUGUUGCGGAAGAAUUUCAUAUGACCCUGAUCAAGAUAUGUGCUGCAGAGGGGAUUUAAUUCCAAAACCCGACAAGGAUGAUAACUGCUGUUGUGGAAAUACAACAAUCAAUACUAAGAAACAAAUUUGUUGCAAUGAUUUCCCUCAAACCUCUUACGGGGACGAAACAAAAUGCUGUGGUUUUGAGAGUUAUAACGCUAAAAGGUUCAUUUGCUGCGGCAUUGAAGUCGUAAAGAAACGUUCAGAGGACGAUAAUUGCUGUUGUGGAAAGAACGACACUUACAAUACAGACAGUGAAGUUUGUUGUCAAGGAAUGUUUCCAAGACCUGCCAUGGCUGGAAGAGACACGAGGUGUUGCGGUAUGCUGAGCUAUGAUCCAUCCAUCGAAAUGUGCUGUGAAGGUCAGUUAAGAAACAAAACAGAUAUUGAUGAUAACUGUUGUUGUGGUGAUACUACGAUGGAUAUUGGUGUUCAGAUAUGUUGCAGCGGCGUACCGCAGCCAUUAUACGGAGAAAAGACUGCUUGUUGUGGAACUACAUCAUAUGACAGUGAAACAAACAUGUGCUGUGGAAAUGGCAUCCGGACAAAGAAGGAUAUUGACGACGAUUGUUGUUGUGGAUCAAUGUCGACUAUUAACACAGACUCGGAGAUCUGCUGUAAUGGAAAUUCUCAAGUAUUGGUUGGUGGCAAGGAGUACACAGAUUGUUGUAAAGAUAUAAGUUUCGAUAUGCGAGAAUAUUUAUGCUGCAGUGGACAUCUUGUUCCAAAAACGGACAUCGGAGACAAUGCAUGCUGUGGAAACACAACAUUUAAUACCAACAGCCAAAUCUGCUGUGAUGGUGUUCCACAGAACUCUGUCGCAGGGGAUGAGACUAUGUGUUGCGGAUAUGCUAGUUAUGAUCCUGUAACAAUGCUUUGUUGUAAGGCGGGAGAUUUAAGAAUGAAGCAAGACGAAGAUGAUAAUUGUUGUUGCGGUGAAACGUCUACAAUAAAUACGGUUAGACAAGUAUGUUGCCAAGGUACCACACCCCAGCCUAAGUAUUCAGAUAAUACGAAAUGUUGCGGUGAAAUAAGUUACAAUGAUGACACGCAAAUAUGCUGCGAUAUGAUUGUUUACAUGAAGAACAGCAACUCUGAUGAUACAUGUUGUGGUAACAACGCCAUAACGGCAGACAAACAAAUAUGCUGUAAUCAUGUCACGCAGCCAGGUGGAAAGUUUAUGACUUGUUGUGGGGAAAAUAGUUACAACACUAAAUCUGAAAUGUGUUGUGACGGCGAAGUUCGUCCAAAGAAAAGUAGUUCAGAUAACUGUUGCUGUGGAAAUACUACUGCGGACCUCGAAAAGGAGGUUUGUUGUAUUGAUAUGCCACAGCCCAUCAGAAAUGAUGAAAAGGAAUUCACAAGAUGCUGUUUACGAGAGAGUUAUGACAUAAGGACACAAGCGUGUUGUGAAGGCGAAGUCGUUAAAAAGGACGCAAUUGAUGCAAAUUGCUGCUGUAUUAAGAAGCCCUUUAACCCACAAACACAAAUAUGUUGCCAAGGCGAGUAUGUCGAAGAGAUACAAGGCACCCCACAGACAACAAAAUGUUGCGGCAAAAAGAGUUACAAUUCUAUUGAGCAAAUUUGUUGUGACGAUAUGAAAAUAAAAACCAAAGUGAACGAAACAGAUAACUGCUGUUGUAACAAAGUAACAUACAAUACCCAGACCCAGGUAUGCUGCGACGGAACAACACCACAGCCAUCGUACGGACCUGACACUCAGUGCUGCGACAAAGUCAGUUUCGAUCCAAACUCAUAUGUCUGCUGUGGCAAGACAGUUAUCAUGAAAAAGUCACCAGAAGACGAUUGCUGUUGUGGAAUUUCAACAAUUGAUACUGAGACAGAGAUAUGUUGUGAGGAUACGCCACAGCCUGUUGUGAACGACAAGGAAUAUACAUCUUGUUGCUUUAAAAAGAGUUUCGACACUAGAGACAUGCUUUGCUGUGAAGAUGGUCUAAGAUCAAAGCGGAAUGAGAGCGACGACUGUUGUUGUGGUCUGACGACGUAUGAUACUGAUGAGGAAGUAUGUUGCGAAAAUAAUCCUCAACCAAUACAAGGAGACUUUGAAAAAACACGAUGCUGUGGCAACCAGAGUAUUAAUUCUGACAACGCCUUAUGCUGUGACGGCGAAAUGAUUGGCAAAACCAACCCAGAAGACAACUGUUGCUGUGGCCAAUGGGCAAUCAACACGAAAACACAUGUAUGCUGCAAUGGUGUUCCUGCUCCGAUUCGAGGUGAUGUUACUUUGUGCUGUGGCACAGAAAGCUAUUCACCAGAGAAACAAGUAUGCUGUGAUGGAUAUUAUCUUAGAAAUAAAACUUCGUCGGAUGAUAACUAUUGUUGUGGCGAGUCAUCAACAUACAACUCUGAAAACGAAAUAUGUUGUGAGGGUAUACCUCGUGAGUUGGUUAACGGCAAGUUUACAUCAUGCUGUGAUGAUGAAAGCUAUGAUACUAAAACUCAGAUGUGCUGCUCAGGCAUUGUCGUGCAAAAGAAUAACAAGAACGAUGAUUGCUGCUGCGGAAACACCACCUAUAACACACAAAGUGACAUCUGCUGUAAUGGAAUGCCAAAAUCCCCACGCGGUGAUAUUGAAUAUGCAUCUUGUUGUGGCGAUGAAGCUAUGAAUACCGAAUUGGACCUGUGUUGCGAUGGAGAAGUACGCAAAAAGGAAAAUGAAAGCGAUGAUUGUUGUUGCGGAAAAACAACGAUGGACUCCGAUAAUCAGAUAUGUUGUGACGGAAAGCCUCAGCCUCGUGAAGGCGGGGAUGCCUGUGAAUGUUGUUACGGAGAAAGCUAUAAUUCCAACACAGAGAUGUGUUGUAGAGAUGGUGUUCGCACGAUGGAUAAUGCCGAUGACAACUGCUGCUGUGGUGACUCAACAAUGAACACAAACACACAUGUAUGCUGUGAUGGAAAUCCGCAACCAAAAUACGAACAAAAUACUAAAUGUUGCGGAAGUACAAGUUACGAUGGUGAUACGCAUUUCUGUUGUCAGAAUAAUGAGAUUGUGGAAAUAACUGUCGAUGAUCCAAACUGGUGCUGUGGUGGUGUAACUAUGAACACAGGUAAUCAAAUGUGUUGUGAAGAUGUUGCUUGUACAAACUACGGACCAAGUACGAGUUGUUGUGGUAAACAGUGCUUCGAUAGCAAUAGUUUCAUCUGCUGCGAUGAUGAAAUUGUCGGGAAAGAUGACGACAAUGAUAAUAUGUGCUGCGGAAAUAGAACGUUCAACCCAGUAACCAAGAUUUGUUGCAUUGAUAUGAUUCAAAAUCGUCCAGCUGGCCCGAAUACACGAUGCUGUGGAAGAUAUCCAUUCGAUCCUGCAACAGAGAUUUGUUGCGACGAUUUGACUAUUCUUCCAAAGACAAGCGUGGAUGAUAACUGUUGUUGUGCAAACAAAACAUUCAAUACGGCCACAGAAAUGUGUUGCGAAGGCGAGCCUGCUCCUCUUACCGCGAAUAUAGCGUAUAUGCGAUGUUGCGGAAAGGAAAGUUAUGAUAAGCGUACCUAUAUCUGCUGUGAGGGAAUAGUGCGACCGGCAGACGCUGGGGAGGCGAACACUCGUUGUUGUGGAAAUAUUGCAUUCGACAUAAAAACACAUGUCUGCUGUGUAAAUGAAUUACGAGCGGUUGACAAGCCGGGUGAUUUAGCAUGUUGUGGAAACGGCACUUUCAACCCAACCACAGAGAUAUGUUGUCCCCAUGAGCCUUUCGAUGUUUCUCAACCAAAACUUGGGGCAUCAAAUACAAGAUGUUGUGAUGGCUGUAGUUACGAUCCAAGCAUCGACAUUUGCUGUGAUGGGGUGAUUCAGCACGCUUGGCUGGGACUACGGACGCUCUGCUGUGGACAAAGAAGUUACAAUCCAGAGAGAGGAAUUUGCUGCAAUGGAACCAUGAUAGAAAAAGUUGUUCCUUGGGACGACUGCUGCUGUGGUGACAAGGUAUUUGACAGUUCAAGACAGCUGUGCUGUAAUGGGCGCGUGCAGAGCAAGUGUGGUGUGCACAGUAAGUGUUGCGACAAGACCAGCUACGACCACGACUACAAUCUUUGUUGUGACGGCAUUGUCAAACCCAAAUAUUACGGCUAUAACUCGUACUGCUGCGGGAAGCACGUGUUUGAUCCGAGGAUGGCCGUCUGCUGUGGCGACUAUGUGAGGUGGCUGGUGCCUUACCUAGAAAAAUGGUAG